AUGUUGUCCACAAGGGGUUCAACCUGGGGGAAGAUCGACUUUGCCCAUGGCGAACAAGAUGUUUACAACUCGUCCACCAAUCCCAAUGGGAUUGUCAGCUUUGCAAAUGCUGAAAAUUCAGCUCAGCUGGCUAUGACUAACUAUUCAAAGAGCUUUGACAGGCAGUGCUGUGCCUAUGGUGAAGGCUACACGGGGACUCUAAGACUGCGAUCAGCGAUGGCGAAGCACCUCAACGCUCACUUCAAUCCAUUCACACGGAUUGAUGCAGAGGAGGUGAACUUUGCGUCUGGAGUGACAAGCCUGAAUGAACUAUGCGCUUUUCUCUUAUGUAACCCCAAUGACUCUAUCCUAUUAGUUGGCCCAGUGUAUGGGGCCUUUCAUCGAGAUCUCACCACCAGGACUAGCCUGAGACUGAUCAGUAUUCUUCCAAGCGUACACCUAGAAUACAUACACGUUGGAGACAAAGACCAAUUCUUGCCUGAAAGCGUCGCUGCUAUCGAGGCCGGAUUUGAAGCUGCGAAAGCGAGAGGAAGAUCCAUCAAAGCAUUAAUCAUAUGCAACCCGCACAAUCCUCUUGGACGCUGCUACCCUAGGGAAACUUUAGUCGGGCUUCUUCGUCUAUGUGCGUCAAAAGGUAUUCAUCUAGUCAGCGACGAAAUUUAUGCGCUAUCGGUCUACACGCGAUACGACAGGCCGUCUGAAACAUUUACAUCUGUUCGCUCAAUUGAUUUCAAUGGUCUGAUCGACCCAGAUCAGGUUCAUGUUCUUUAUGGGAUGUCAAAGGAUUUUGGCGCAGGUGGAAUGCGAUUGGGCUGCAUGGUCUCGCAAAAUGAUGAAUUUAAUAACGCGAUACGAGCGCUUUGGUGA